CUAUAUAAGAGAUGAUGGGUUAGCCUAGUUUAUAGCAAAGCUAUAGAGGAGGUUUCAGACAUCAAACGAAAUCCAACAUGGCGAAAGCACAAAUAUGUAUUUGUUUCAUCAUCUUCUUAUCCCUUUGGUCAGGAAAUUUCAUGGAAGUCAAGGCACAUAGCUCCGGAAGUUGGUGUAUUGCUAAACCUUCUACGUCUUAUGAUCAACUUCAAGAAAACAUAAAAUUCGCUUGUUCGAAAAUCGAUUGUAAGAUCAUAUCGAACGGAGGUGCAUGUUUUUCUCCAGAUAGUCUCAUCAGUCGUGCUUCUGUUGUCAUGAAUCUUUACUACCAAACUAAAGGAAGACGGUAUGAGAACUGCAAUUUCGGAGGCUCUGGUCUCAUUGGCGUAACUGAUCCUAGCUACGGAAAUUGCAUUUAUAAAUUUCGUAAGUAAACAUAUGAAUUAUGAAGCUUCGACUUUGUUGCAAGAAGAUAGAAGACCGUACCUGAAAUUUUAUAUUUAUUUGAAGUUGUGAUCUUUCAAGAAUUAAUAAAUGUUUGAUCUUGAUAUGUGUAUGUCAUUAUCAAAAUAAUAAAAUAUAAUAAUUUUAUCAACA